GUGCGUCGUUGCUGGAAGGAGCAGCUCCCUCGGUUGCCUAGGUCUCUGUGGGCAGCGUUGCAGGGGUGCAGGAGGAGGUGGCUGCUGCGGCUGGCAGAAGAGGCAGGCGUGUGUGCUGCUCCACCAGCUCUGCUCUUCCCAGCCGUUCCCUCCCUGGCAGUGCCAGGCUCUUCACAGCCAGCAUGGCCCUGUUCAUUCACCUCAAGACAGUCUCGGAGCUACGGGGCAAGAGCGACCGGAUCGCAAAAGUGACUUUCCGAGGCCAGUCCUUCUACUCCCGGGUGCUGGAGAACUGUGAAGAUGUGGCUGACUUUGACGAGACGUUCCGGUGGCCGGUAGCCAGCGGCAUCGACAGAAAUGAAAUGCUGGAGAUUCAGAUUUUCAACUAUAGCAAAGUCUUCAGUAACAAGCUCAUUGGGACCUUCCGCAUGGUGCUACAGCAGGUGGUGGAGCAGAGUCAUGUGGAGGUGACGGACACGCUGAUGGAUGACAAUAAUGCAAUCAUCAAGACCAGCUUGAGUGUGGAGGUCCGGUACCAGGCCGUGGAUGGCACAAUGGGCUCCUGGGACGAUGGGGACUUUCUGGGGGAUGAGUCUCUUCAAGAGGAAGAGAAGGACAGCCAGGAGACGGACGGCCUGCUGCCUGGCUCCCGGCCCAGCUCCCGGCCUCCUGGCGAGAAGAGCUUCCGCAGAGCCGGGAGGAGCGUGUUCUCCGCCAUGAAGCUCGGCAAGCACCGACCCCACAAGGAGGAGCCCCAAAGAUCAGACGAACCAGCAGUGCUGGAGAUGGAGGACCUCGACCACCUGGCCAUGCAGCUGGGAGAUGGGCUGGACCCCGACUCCAUGUCUCUCGCCUCUGUAACAGCAGUUACCACCAAUGUCUCCAACAAGCGGUCAAAACCAGACAUUAAGAUGGAGCCGAGUGCGGGGCGACCCAUGGACUACCAGGUCAGUAUCACAGUGAUCGAGGCUCGGCAGCUGGUGGGCUUGAACAUGGACCCCGUGGUGUGCGUGGAGGUGGGCGACGACAAAAAGUACACAUCCAUGAAGGAGUCCACGAACUGCCCCUACUACAAUGAGUAUUUCGUCUUCGACUUCCAUGUCUCUCCCGAUGUCAUGUUUGACAAGAUCAUCAGGAUCUCGGUGAUUCACUCCAAGAACCUGCUACGCAGCGGCACCCUGGUGGGCUCCUUCAAAAUGGACGUGGGGACUGUGUACUCCCAGCCUGAACACCAGUUCCAUCACAAGUGGGCCGUCCUGUCGGACCCCGAUGACAUCUCUGCUGGGCUGAAGGGCUAUGUGAAGUGUGACGUCGCCGUGGUGGGCAAGGGGGACAACAUCAAGACACCCCACAAGGCCAACGAGACGGAUGAGGAGGACAUUGAGGGGAACUUGCUGCUGCCUGAGGGCGUGCCCGCAGAACGGCAGUGGGCCCGGUUCUACGUGAAAAUAUACCGCGCAGAGGGGCUGCCCCGCAUGAACACAAGCCUCAUGGCCAACGUCAAGAAGGCAUUCAUUGGUGAAAACAAGGACCUCGUUGACCCCUACGUGCAGGUCUUCUUCGCUGGUCAGAAGGGCAAGACGUCAGUGCAGAAGAGCAGCUAUGAGCCACUGUGGAACGAGCAAGUGGUCUUCACAGAUCUGUUCCCCCCACUCUGCAAACGCAUAAAGGUGCAGAUCCGAGACUCAGACAAGGUCAACGAUGUGGCCAUCGGCACCCACUUCAUUGACCUGCGCAAGAUUUCCAAUGAUGGAGACAAAGGUUUCCUGCCCACACUGGGCCCGGCCUGGGUGAACAUGUAUGGCUCCACUCGCAACUACACACUGCUGGAUGAACACCAGGACCUGAACGAGGGCCUGGGCGAGGGUGUGUCCUUCCGUGCCCGCCUCAUGCUGGGCCUGGCCGUGGAGAUCCUGGACACCUCCAACCCUGAGCUCACCAGCUCCACGGAGGUGCAGGUGGAGCAGGCCACGCCUAUCUCCGAGAGCUGCACAGGGAAAAUGGAAGAAUUCUUUCUAUUUGGAGCCUUCCUAGAAGCCUCAAUGAUUGAUCGGAAAAAUGGAGACAAACCAAUCACCUUUGAGGUGACCAUAGGCAACUACGGGAAUGAAGUCGAUGGCCUGUCACGGCCCCAGCGGCCCCGGCCCCGGAAAGAGACUGGGGACGAGGAGGAAGUGGACUUGAUCCAGAACUCGAGCGACGACGAGGCGGACAACGGCGGGGACCUGGCUUCUGUCUCCUCCACUCCACCCAUGCGGCCCCAGAUCACAGACAGAAACUAUUUCCACCUGCCCUACCUGGAAUGCAAGCCGUGCAUCUACAUCAAGAGCUGGUGGCCAGACCAGCGUCGCCGCCUGUACAACACCAAUAUCAUGGACCACAUAGCUGACAAGCUGGAAGAAGGACUGAAUGAUGUGCAGGAGAUGAUCAAGACGGAAAAGCCCUUCCCGGAGCGGCGGUUGCGGGGCGUGCUGGAGGAGCUGAGCUGCGGCUGCCACCGCUUCCUGUCCCUCGCUGACAAGGACCAGGGGCAUGCGUCCCGCACCAAGCUCGACCGGGAGCGUCUCAAGUCGUGCAUGCGGGAGCUGGAGAGCAUGGGCCAGCAGGCAAGGACUCUGAGGGCACAGGUGAAGCGACACACGGUGCGGGACAAGCUGCGGCUAUGCCAGAACUUUCUGCAGAAGCUACGCUUCCUGGCAGAUGAGCCCCAGCACAGCAUCCCUGACGUGUUCGUCUGGAUGAUGAGUAACAACAAGCGCAUCGCCUAUGCCAGGGUGCCCUCCCAGGACCUGCUCUUCUCGCUGGUACAGGAGGAGAUGGGCAAGGACUGCGCCAAGGUCAAGACGCUCUUCCUUAAGCUGCCGGGGAAGAGGGGCUUCGGCUCAGCAGGCUGGACGGUGCAAGCCAAAGUGGAGCUUUACCUGUGGCUAGGCCUCAGCAAGCAGCGCAAGGACUUCCUGUGCGGCCUGCCCUGCGGCUUUGAGGAGGUCAGGGCAGCCCAGGGCCUGGGCCUGCACUCCUUCCCGCCUAUCAGCCUGGUCUACACCAAGAAACAGGCCUUCCAGCUCCGAGCCCACAUGUACCAGGCCCGCAGCCUCUUUGCUGCAGACAGCAGUGGACUCUCAGACCCCUUCGCCCGUGUCUUCUUCAUCAACCAGAGUCAGUGCACGGAGGUGCUAAACGAGACCCUGUGCCCGACCUGGGACCAGAUGCUGGUGUUCGACAACCUGGAGCUGUAUGGCGAGGCCCACGAGCUGCGGGACGACCCCCCCAUCAUUGUCAUCGAAAUCUACGACCAGGACACCAUGGGCAAAGCCGACUUCAUGGGCCGUACCUUCGCCAAGCCCCUGGUGAAGAUGGCAGACGAGGCAUACUGCCCACCCCGCUUCCCGCCCCAGCUGGAGUACUACCAGAUCUACCGCGGCAAUGCCACAGCUGGAGACCUACUGGCUGCCUUCGAGCUCCUGCAGAUUGGGCCAGCAGGGAAGGCCGACCUGCCCCCCAUCAAUGGCCCGGUGGACGCUGACCGAGGGCCUAUCAUGCCCGUACCUGUGGGCAUCCGCCCCGUGCUGAGCAAGUACCGGGUGGAGGUGCUGUUCUGGGGCCUGCGGGACCUGAAGCGGGUGAACCUGGCACAAGUGGACCGGCCACGGGUGGACAUCGAGUGUGCAGGGAAGGGGGUGCAAUCGUCCCUGAUCCACAACUACAAGAAGAACCCCAACUUUAGCACCCUAGUCAAGUGGUUUGAGGUGGAUCUCCCCGAGAAUGAGCUUCUGCACCCACCCCUGAACAUCCGCGUGGUGGACUGCAGGGCCUUUGGCCGCUACACCCUGGUGGGCUCACAUGCCGUCAGCUCCCUACGACGCUUCAUCUACCGGCCUCCAGACCGCUCAGCCGCCAGCUGGAACACCACAGCCUGGCUUUUCUGGAGGUGGGGGACUACUGUGCAAUGGGGGACCCCUCCUUCCUGUCACUCCUCAGGGGAGAUUGUGGUGAGCAUGGAGCCAGAGGUACCUGUGAAGAAACUGGAGACCAUGGUGAAACUGGACGCGACCUCUGAUGCUGUUGUCAAGGUGGACGUGGCCGAGGAGGAGAAGGACAAGAAGAAGAAGAAAAAAAAGGGCAACUCAGAAGAGCCAGAGGAGGAGGAGACGGACGAGAGCGUGCUGGACUGGUGGUCCAAGUACUUUGCCUCCAUCGACACCAUGAGGGAGCAACUGCGACAACAAGAGGCCUCAGGAAUUGACAUCGAGGAGAAGGAGGAAGCGGACAAUGUAGAGGGCCCCAAGGGGCCUGUGAAGGGCAAGGAGAAGGCGAGGGCUGCCAAGGAGGAGAAGAAGAAGAAAAUGCAGACCCCCAGCAUCAGCCAGGGGUCCGAGCCCCCCGAGAAGAAAAAACCCAAAAUUGACGAGCUGAAGGUGUAUCCCAAGGAGCUGGAGUCAGAGUUUGACAACUUCGAGGACUGGCUGCACACCUUCAACCUGCUGCGGGGCAAGACCGGGGACGACGAGGACGGCUCCACUGAGGACGAGCGUAUUGUGGGCAGGUUCAAGGGCUCCCUGUGUGUGUACAAGGUACCGCUCCCAGAGGAUGCGUCCCGUGAAGCUGGCUACGACCCCACUUACGGCAUGUUCCAGGGCAUCCCCAGCAAUGACCCCAUCAACGUGCUGGUCCGCGUCUACGUGGUUCGGGCCACAGACCUGCACCCGGCUGACAUCAACGGCAAAGCCGACCCCUACAUCGCUAUCCGGCUCGGCAAGACCGACAUCCGAGACAAGGAGAACUACAUCUCCAAGCAGCUCAACCCUGUCUUUGGGAAGUCCUUCGACAUUGAGGCCUCCUUCCCCAUGGAGUCCAUGCUGACCGUGGCCGUGUACGACUGGGACCUUGUGGGCACUGAUGACCUCAUCGGGGAGACCAAGAUUGACCUGGAGAACCGCUUCUACAGCAAGCACCGGGCCACCUGUGGCAUUGCACACACCUACUCCACACAUGGCUACAACAUCUGGCGGGACCCCCUGAAGCCCAGCCAAAUUCUGAGCCGCCUCUGCAAAGAGGGCAAGGUGGACGGUCCUCACUUUGGGCCCCCCGGAAGGGUGAAGGUGGCCAACCGCGUCUUCACAGGGCCUUCAGAGAUUGAGGACGAGAACGGUCAGAGGAAGCCCACGGAUGAGCACGUGGCGCUGUCUGCCCUGCGGCAUUGGGAGGACAUCCCGCGAGUGGGUUGUCGCCUGGUGCCAGAGCAUGUGGAAACGAGGCCGCUGCUGAACCCCGACAAGCCAGGCAUUGAGCAGGGCCGCCUAGAGCUGUGGGUGGACAUGUUUCCCAUGGACAUGCCAGCCCCUGGGACACCUCUGGACAUCUCUCCCCGGAAGCCCAAGAAGUACGAGCUGCGGGUCAUUGUGUGGAACACAGACGAGGUGGUCCUGGAGGACGACGACUUCUUCACGGGGGAGAAGUCCAGUGACAUCUUUGUGCGAGGGUGGCUGAAGGGCCAGCAGGAGGACAAGCAGGACACGGAUGUGCACUACCACUCACUCACGGGUGAGGGCAACUUCAACUGGCGCUACCUGUUCCCCUUCGACUACCUGGCGGCCGAGGAGAAGAUCGUCAUCUCCAAGAAGGAGUCCAUGUUCUCCUGGGAUGAGACCGAGUACAAGAUCCCCGCGCGGCUCACGCUGCAGAUCUGGGACGCCGACCACUUCUCCGCCGAUGACUUCCUGGGGGCCAUUGAGCUGGACCUGAACCGGUUCCCACGUGGAGCCAAGACAGCCAAGCAGUGUACCAUGGAGAUGGCCACGGGGGAGGUGGACGUGCCCCUGGUAUCCAUCUUCAAGCAGAAGCGUGUCAAGGGCUGGUGGCCCCUCCUCGCCCGCAACGAGAAUGACGAGUUUGAGCUUACGGGCAAGGUGGAGGCCGAGCUGCAUUUAUUGACAGCUGAGGAGGCGGAGAAGAACCCAGUGGGCCUGGCCCGUGGUGAACCUGACCCCCUGGAGAAACCCAACCGGCCUGACACGGCCUUCGUGUGGUUCCUCAACCCGCUCAAGUCCAUUAAGUACCUCAUCUGCACCCGCUACAAGUGGCUCAUCGUCAAGAUCGUGCUGGCACUGCUGGGGUUGCUGAUGCUGGCGCUGUUCCUCUACAGCAUGCCCGGCUACAUGGUCAAGAAGCUGCUGGGGGCCUAAGGGCCCCAUGCCCACUCCCUUUGCCCUUCUUGUGGCCUGAACUUCCCCUUCUGCCCUGGGGAGCCCCCCAUUGAGGAG